AUGUACAUCCAGAAUGUACAUAGCUGGAAGGAGAGGGAACCACUUCCCACGGCCAUCGUCUUCUCCAGCUCUAGCGAAAUGCUCUGGCUGCGAGUGUGGGGGCUGCAGGACUUGCAACACGUCUCUGUCCCUCCCAAGCUGAAGAAACUGAAGAGCCCAAAUGUGCACGUGGGCGAGAAGAUUUCGCUGAAAUGUGAGGCGACUGCUGGCAACCCUCAGCCCUCCUACAAAUGGUUUAAAGAUGGCAAGGAGCUGAAGAAGAGCAAAGACAUCCGCAUCAAAUAUGGGAAUGGCAAAAAGAUUUCCAGACUGCAGUUCAACAAGGUGAAGCUGGAAGAUGCUGGGGAGUACAGCUGCGAAGCAGAGAACGUUUUAGGGAAAGACACCGCAAAAGGCAGCCUGAAUGUGAAAAGUGUAACUACAACUCUCUCCUCCUGGUCUGGGCAUGCUAGAAAAUGCAACGAAACAGCCAAGUCCUAUUGCGUCAAUGGCGGGGUAUGCUACUACAUCGAAGGGAUUAAUCAGCUGUCUUGCAAGUGUCCGAUCGAAUUCACAGGAGACCGGUGUCAGCAUUUCGCAAUGGUCAGCUUCUCCAAGCAUCUUGGAUUUGAAUUAAAGGAAGCUGAGGAGCUUUACCAGAAGAGAGUUUUAACCAUCACCGGAAUCUGUGUUGCCUURCUUGUUGUGGGCAUCGUCUGUGUGGUAGCUUACUGUAAAACCAAGAAACAGCGAAAACAAAUGCAUAAUCAUUUACGACAGAACAUGUGUCCUGCCCAUCAGAACCGAAGUCUUGCAAAUGGGCCAAGUCACCCACGCUUGGAUCCUGAGGAAAUCCAAAUGGCUGACUACAUUUCUAAGAAUGUUCCUGCCACUGAACAYGUGAUCCGAAGGGAAACAGAGACAACCUUUUCGGGAAGUCAUUCCUGCUCCCCAUCCCAUCACUGCUCCACAGCCACUCCAACUUCCAGCCAGAGACACGAAAGCCACACAUGGAGCUUGGAGCGGACAGAGAGCCUGACUUCAGAUUCCCAGUCGGGGAUAAUGCUUUCCUCAGUGGGAACCAGUAAAUGCAACAGCCCUGCAUGUGUGGAAGCUCGAGCCCGCCGUGGGGCCGCGUACUGUAUUGAGGACUCGAGGAGGCCCAUGAUGCAGUAUCGGGAUUCUGUGGAUUCUCUGCGGGACUCACCACACAGCGAGAGGUAUGUGUCGGCCCUGACCACGCCAGCGCGCCUUUCGCCCGUUGACUUCCAGUACUCGGCGGCUACCCAGGUGCCCACUUUYGAGAUCACCUCCCCGAACUCGGCGCACGCCGUGUCCCUGCCCCCGGCGGCCCCCGUCAGCUUCCGCGUGGAGGAGCAGCAGCCCCUGCUGCGGCGCUACCAGGUCCCCUUCCCGGACACGCARAGAUAUGACAGCUAUUACCAAAGGAAGACCUACCUAAACGACAGCAUGGGGAGUCUGCCCUCCAGCCCCUUCCGCAUCACGGAGGACGAUGAGUACGAGACAACGCAGGAGUACGUCACAGCGCUAGAGCAGCCAAAGAAAACAGCCAGCAGCAACAGGCGGUGGAAAAAGUCCAAACUGAACGGGCACGUGUCUCACAGAGCCAGAGCGCUCCGGGACUCCUUCUCCUUGAGCAGCGCCUCUUACAGCGAGUCUGACGAGGAGCUGGUGGCUGAGAGCACCCCCUUCCUAAGCGUUCAGAACAAUGACGCAGUGAACGCAGAUUCCCCGCCGCUCCAUCGGCCGGGCGACAGCCGGACUUACUAUUCCUACAGCAGACACAGCGCUCGUGGGGAAAGCGGGCAGAGCAGCUUGACACACACGACACCCAAACAAGACCCGGAUCCUCUCUAGAAGCCUCACAAACUCGCACACCCACAAACACACCUGUAUGGAAAAGGCGGAGGAGGGAGUCAAAACAAAACAAAUAAAUAAAUAUUUUUAUU